CUCAUUGACUCGCACAUCUCUGCGCCUGCGGGCCUGCGGCUGAUGGAAGAGGCCAAUGGGGCAACGAUCCUUUAUCUCGUUCCUUCCCAGGCUCUAUCACCUGGGACCUCUUAUAACAUGUAAGCAUUCACUGCGAAAUCCCACCGACAUACUUCCGUCCUCCUCGUCGACAUGGGUGCUGUUCCUUCCAAGCCUGCCUCCUCCUCUGCCCGCCCUGCGGUCUGCGCACUCGACGAGAAGCGCGCCGCCGUUGACCAGGUCGCCGCGUCCCUGUCCUCGCUGCACCUGCGCCCGGCAGCGUCUGAGGAUGGCUCUCUGCCCAUGACAAACAUCGAGUCGUGGGAGGAAGAGGUCUCCUCCAGCUCGAAGCUGCAGCUGACCCGCACCGUCCUGCACCACAACAACAUCCAGACCGCCUUCCUCUCGCGUUCAGCGAAGAUCGCAGAUGCGCACAUCUUCAACACGCAGCUGGACUUCAAGACCGGCCCCGUCACGAACCAGAAGUCGUCUGGCCGCUGCUGGCUGUUCGCGACAACCAAUGUCCUCCGAUACAACAUCAUGAAGAAGCUCAAUCUCGAUGACUUCCAGCUGUCCCAGUCAUAUCUGUUCUUCUGGGACAAGCUGAACAAGUCCAACUACUACCUCGAGCUCUCCAUCCAGCACGCCGACCUCCCAAUCGAUGACCGCAUUGUCUUCCACACCUCGCAGGAUCUCAUCAGCGACGGCGGGCAAUGGGACAUGGUUGUGAACAUCCUCGAGCACUACGGCAUUGUUCCCCAGCCCGUCUACCCCGAGUCGCUCCACUCGUCCCUCUCCAGCCCUCUCAACACCGUCCUCAAGCGUAAGCUGCGCGAGCACGCGCUCAUCCUCCGCAGCCUCGCCUCCUCGCUGCGCGCCUCGCAGGUGCACACAGAGGCGGAGGUGCUCUCAGCGCUCCGCGCAAAGAAGGAGGAGCUCAUGAAGGAGGUGUACACGAUCAUGACCGCGACUCUCGGCGUGCCGCCGAUGGCGAACGAGAAGUUCACGUGGGACUACUACGACAAGGACGGCAAGGCGGGCCACUGGGAGGGCACGGCGCGCGAGUUCUACAAGACAUUCGCGAGUGACAAGUAUUCGCCAUCCGAGUCCUUCUCGCUCAUCAACGACCCGCGCAACGAGUACGGCAAGCUGUACUCGGUCGAGAAGCUCGGGAACGUAUGGGGCGGCCGCGACGUGCUUUACGUGAACACCGAGAUCGACAACCUGAAGAACGCCGUCGUGAAGAUGAUCAAGGCAGGCCAGCCCGUCUUCUUCGGCUGCGACGUCGGCCAGUUCCUUGAGCGCGAGGCCGGCAUCAUGGACACGAAGCUCUUUGACUUCGAGAAUGCGUUCGACAUCAAGUUCGGCCUCUCCAAGGCAGACCGUCUGCGCACGAGCGAGUCCGCGAUGACGCACGCGAUGGUCAUCUCCGGCGUGCACCUCGACCCCGCGGGCAAGCCUCUGCGCUACAAGAUCGAAAACUCGUGGGGCGACUCGACUGGCGACAAGGGUUACUACCUCAUGACCGACGAAUGGUUCGAGCAGUUUGUCUACCAGGUGGUCGUGCCCAAGGGUCUUGCGCCAAAGGAGCUCGUCAAGGUGUUCGAAGGCGGCGAGAAGACACUUCUGCCCCUCUGGGACCCUAUGAGCAUCGACAGGUAG